GAAGAUUCAAAAAUCAAAAGGAAAAAGAAGUAUGACUUCCCGGCGUCACCCCUCUCUUCCGGGCGGGUCCCGAGGCCGCAGCUUCCGUCGGCGCCGGUGGCUGAGCUCACAGCUGCCCUUGGCUGUGGGGUCGUUUUUGGCACCCGCGCCGCUGCAAUCAUGGUGAAUUUACUUCAGAUUGUACGGGACCACUGGGUUCAUAUACUUGUCCCUAUGGGAUUUGUCUUUGGAUGUUAUUUAGACAGAAGGAAUGAUGAGAAGUUAACUGCCUUCCGGAACAAGAGCAUGUUAUUUAAAAGGGAAUUGAGACCCAAUGAAGAAGUCACCUGGAAGUAGAGUCUGCAACUGAAUUACGGAAUGCUUAUAUUUUAAAAAUUAUGGGAGAAAUAAAAUCCAUUUAUUAUUUGAUUUGAAGACUUGGAAGGGAUUCUUUUUAUACUAAAGUAAUCUCAAAUUUCAAGUAACAAGCACAUUAAAAAUUCAUUAGGUUAAAAAGUAAUUGUUGACUACCUACUUGCAUACAUUGGUGUUAAAUUUACAAUGAGCAUUUAAUUGUCUUUACCAUAGUAUUAUUAAAUCAAAUUUCUCCUUCA